CCGCAAAAUUUCGAAAAUUCAUAAUACAACAUUUAAAAAAAAAAAAAAAAAAUAUCAACGGUUAUAGAAUUGUAUUUUAUAAAGAAUAUGGAUCCUAAAAAAUCAUUGGUUCUCAAAUUAUAUGAGAUUAAUGCAUUUAAAUUCGGAGAUUACAAAAUGAAAGUGGGCAUCAAUUCGCCGGUAUAUUUCGACCUGCGAGUUAUUGUUAGUUAUCCGGAAGUUAUGCAAACGAUUUCUAAUUUAGUAGCAGAUUAUAUGAAAGAACAUAACUUAGUGGCAAAACAUGUGUGCGGAGUUCCGUACACAGCCCUACCGAUUGCGACGAUUGUCGCUGUAAAGGAAAAUAUUCCAAUGGUUGUCCGUCGUAAAGAGGCCAAAAGUUACGGGACCAAAAAGUUAAUUGAAGGUAUCUUCCGCUUGGGUGAUACAUGUCUUAUUAUUGAAGAUGUAGUGACAUCUGGGUCAAGUAUUUUGGAUACAGUGCGUGAUUUGAAGCAAGAAGGUAUUCAGGUGACCGAUGCUAUAGUUGUAGUUGACCGUGAACAAGGUGGUGCCAAGAAUAUAGCUGAACAUUCAAUACGUAUGCACUCUUUGUUUACACUUUCAUUUUUGAUCAACACUUUACUGGAAGCCGGUAAAAUUGAGCGUUCAAUUGCUGAUAGUGUAGCAAAAUAUAUUGCCGAAGUACAAAUAGGCAGUGACGGUAAUUUUGUGGAUAACAAUGAAAAACAAGUAAGAAGCGAUUUCGUUCGAAGCAAAAUAUCUUACGAAGUACGAGCGAAUUUAGCUAAAUGUGAAGUGACUAAGGAAUUGUUCAACUUAAUGAGCACAAAAGAAACGAAUUUAUGUUUAGCUGCGGACCUUACAAAAUGUGCCCAAGUUUUGGAAGUAGCGGACAAAUGCGGUCCCUACAUAUGUCUUCUAAAAACGCAUAUCGACAUUUUAGAAGAUUUUAACAAUCAAUUCAUUGAGACUUUAUUGGCUAUCGCUGAACGCCAUAAAUUCCUAAUAAUGGAAGAUCGUAAAUUUGCUGACAUCGGAAAUACAGUGUCUUUGCAAUGCGGUAAAGGGCUUUAUGAAAUUGCCCGUUGGGCUGAUGUGGUGACCGCGCAUACUAUCUCGGGACGCAGCGUUUUGCAGGGAUUAAAACAAAGUCGGCAAAGUUUCAGCAAACUACGUGGCGUUUUUCUUUUGGCUGAAAUGUCAGUCUCUGGCAAUUUAAUUGACGAUACAUAUAAAGAGGCAUCCCGCAAAGUAGCCACCGAUGGAAUUGAUAUCGAUUUUGUAGCUGGCAUUGUUUGCCAAUCCGCAGAUUGUUUUGCUUUUCCGGGUCUAAUACAGCUAACGCCAGGUGUUAAAAUCGACGAGAAGGCCGACAAAUUGGGCCAACAAUAUAAUGAACCAGAAUACGUAAUAAAGGAAAAGGGUGCUGAUAUUGCUGUCGUAGGACGUGGUAUCCUACAUGCCAAAUGCAUAGCUACUGCCGCAGCUUCGUAUCGCCAGCGCCUGUGGUCUGCUUACGAGGAUCGCUUAGCUAAAAAGUGAAAAGUAAAAAAAAAGUGGUGUAAAUAAUAAUUUUUUUUUAAUGAUGCAUUUAAAAUAACCUUAAGGUGUCUUAUGCUCAAUGCUUUUAAUUUAGAAAGCAAAUAUUUUUUGUAUAUAUAUAUUCAUCCGCGAAAGCUGAACUUAUUAUGGAAAAAAAUAAAA